GAGUGACAAGAGAACGCGAUGAUGGCGGGAGCAAGAACGGGAGCGAGGACACCUUGAAGAUGGCGACGGCUCUCGAAGGCUUUUCAUCGCUGGCCGAAGAGCUUGCGCAGGCGACUUCGGAUCUCAUCGAGCUGGGCGGCAACCGGGGCCAGAACGGCGCAGCCGCUGCUUCCUCUUCUUCUGCAGGAGUAGCAGAAAGCGCCAAGCGGCGGGAUCUGCGACCGGACAGGCUCGACCUCGGCCACGCCAUUGCAGUUUCUCCAUCUGCGCGCUUGACGCCCGUCUUUGACGACGAUGGCGAUACAGCAAAGAAGGCCGAGGGAAAGAAGAGCAGCAGACUGGCCUCCUCGAGCCAAAUCGUCUUGGAGCAGGAGCUGGGCGGCGACGACGAUGGGGACGACGCGCUGCCCUCGGCUGGUCUUAGCCAAGUGAUUGCCUCUGUCAAGUCUUCAGCUCAACACCACCAUGAGCACCGUUCCCACAUUCAGGUCAGCACGCUGCCCGCCAGUGCAGACUUUGAUCGGCGGUACUCGCCGUUCCUCGAGAGCCACAAGGCCAUGAUGAAGCGUAGAGUGAUAGAUGGCGAUUCGACAGCAACAAAUGCACACAAUACGGAGUCAACAGCGAGCCUGAGCAGCAGCGACAAUAUCAGUGCACGCCUCGCCGAGGAUGCUGGCAGUGGCAGCAGGGAAUCGGCCAGCUACGACUUGAGUGCCCAUGGCCUCAAGCGCGGCGACGCAGGGCCGCCCAGCUUCUUCCUCGAAUCCUUUCCAGACUCGAACCAGGACCUGCGCCUUUCAUCUGCGCAGCGGGAAGAAGAGACGGAGGAGGCAUCCGAGACAGAAAAUGCUUCAUUGCCAGCGGCGGACGCCUCUCCUCCGACCGCAUCUGCCAAGGCCUUGCCGCGCCCAAAGGCCCUGUUUGCGCUCGCGAGUCGUCCCUCGGAACGCAGCAUUGUCUCAGCACAGCAGUCCGACGACCCAGCGGUAACAGUGAAGCUGUAUGGCAAUCGUCGGCGGCAGCGCGAGGCGGAAGGGCUCCCGGCAGACUCGCUUCCCGUCGAAGCCAAAGCGGCAGCACCAGCCCUGACGCGCGCCGCCGCCCUCUUCUCCACGCCGCUGGUACCCUCGCUGGAGGAGGAGACCAUCUCCGGUCGCAAUCUCAGCGGCACGACGGCUUCGAGCCAGGUGGACCUGGCCACGAGUGCGCUGCUCUCCUCGUCGCUGGACAGCGACGGCGAACACGAACAGGAAGGGGAAGGAGAAAGCAUCGCGGAGAGGGCCUCCCUUUCGAGUCUCCCGGCCACCUCACUGAAGACAUCCUCAAGCCAGGGAGGCGCCUCGUCAGGCUCGCCCAGUGGUACCCGCCGAAGAAGUCGGUCCCGGUCGAGCUUCUCGGCCUCGUCCCAGCUCGCAAUCGACGAGGAGGCCUCGCCGUCUGCCCCACUUCGGCCGUUUGCGAGGGACGUCAAGCUGGGCGGCUUCAGCGUCGUCGGCGACAGGGCCCGCGGCUACGUCUGCUACGAGGUCAGAAUCAUCACGACCACAGGCACGACAAUGAGCAUCCUCCGGCGCUUCUCGGACUUUGUCCGGCUGCGCCAAGCCCUCAUGGCAGAGUGCACCGGCAGCGAACGAGACCGGAGCGGCAGCAGCAGCCGCGCUUCUCCUUCCUCUUCGAAAUCAAAGAGGGUGCCCCCCGCGCUGCCGCCGAAGCGGACAGGCCUGCUGCACAAGUACGCCAGCGACCACCUCGAGAAGCGCCGGCGCGCGCUGCAGCAGUGGCUCAUCGUCGUCAUGCUCGACAGCAGGUGGGGCGCCUCGCGCGCCCUCCGCCAGUGGGUCGUCUCGGAUUGAACGACGUUUCCCCGCGCGCGCUGCUUUCCUACUGUCUGUACUUUUACAUGCUCUUGCUGGGCCCCUUUUUUUCUCCUUUUGCUCAAGGAUGAUGGAUGGA